AUGAGCUCGCAGCGUUAUCAAAGGGUCAACGCCCACGACGAUGACGAUGAUGAUGAAACAUCCGUCCCUCCGUCAGUCCCUCUUCAGCCUACGCCCUCCUCUCCGCCCCCCUCGUUCCACUCCCGUUCUGUCUCGCCCUCUUCAAGACGCCUGCUCCGCGAUGACCCCUUGCACCGAAACAGUACAGACCAGACGCUUGCCGAUGCGUUCGAUGAUAGCGAAUCCGAGGCCGGUGACGAACCAGAUGACCGCCAGCGGCUGAUGCGGGCGCAGCCGGAACACUGGCCAGCAGCGGACACCGACAACCCAUCUGCACUGACAGAGGCUGCGUCCUCGUCUGGGGCAAGCAGUGGACCGCAGCCAGCGCAGUCGAAUGAGCAGCCCACACGACGAAUUCCGCGACGGCAAACCCUCUUACCGUUCUUCGGCACCUCCCCCAGUUCCGGAUCCGCUCGUGUCAUCAGUUCGUCGAAUGAUGGAGUUUUUGCAAAUCUCGCAGCUAAACCGGAACGAGGAGAGAAGACUGAAGAUCUACCGCCCUCGUAUGAAGAAGCCGCCGCGGAUGCCACUCCCCCUUACUGGGAGACGACGAUUGUGGCCCCGGGGAUUUCCUCGGAUGAAGUCUAUGUGGAUGGGCUGCCGGUCGGCUCCAUCUUCUCGUUCGUGUGGAAUGCCAUGAUCUCCAUGUCUUUCCAGUUGGUAGGCUUUCUCUUAACCUACCUGCUUCAUACUACACAUGCAGCAAAGAAUGGAAGUCGGGCUGGUCUCGGCCUCACUUUGGUACAAUACGGCUUUUACAUGACAGGCAGCAAUGAUUCGAAAGGAUCGGAUGGAGAUUCCGGGGACUACAUUACUCCCCCGGACCCUAAUAGCCAUAAUUUUGAUCCGAAUAACGUUGUCGAUAGUGCGAGUUCAGGAGGCGACGGAGGUGGUGGCGCAGUAUCGUCUAUUACCACAAGCGAGUGGAUUUCCUAUGUCUUGAUGAUUGUUGGUUGGUUUAUCUUAAUUCGGGCCAUCAGCGACUUCCUCCGGGCUCGACGCCAUGAGCAACUGGUCUUGCAGAGUCCCGAGCGCGGGCUCAGCGUUCCGGUAAUUGCUGAGGGCGAGAGAUCGGAGACUGUCGUCUGA